AUGAUUUAAUCUUAAAUGCAGAAUCAACCAUUCAAAUUCUCAAUAAUCAACUUUUCUAACCCUAACUCCUCCUUCCACAAAUAUUUUAAAGAUAAAUCACAAACCAUAUAAAUGCCUGAGUCUAUAAUAGAAGAUUAGCAUAGAUUUUCUAUUUUUACUGAAGGAUCAUAUGACAAUUCAGAAGCUUAAAACGUUGAUAAAAAAGGAAAGAUCACAAAAAUUAAAGACAGGAUUAACUCCAACCAUAAAAGUCAGAUACAAAAACCAUUCAAAAUUUCGGAGACUUAUAAAAUAAUAUUUCUGUAUUCACUUUCUCCUAGAUUUCGAGGGACACCUGUACUCAAUUUAAUAGUUUUUGUACUUGUAAUAAAAAUAACAUCUCAAAACUACCUAUAGCAAAAAUACAGAAAAUUAAAUUAUUAAAGCGUUCUUGAAGAGUGGAGAACAUAAGAAAAACUUCUCUAGACAUGAUUUUACCAGGUUAUUUAAUGACGUAGCAGCUGAUUUAUCAAGGCAAUAUUUUUCUGGAUUUCAAAUUAUACAUGAUCUUAUGAUAAGUGAAAAAAUACAAGACGUUAAGAACCAUAUCAAAUAUAUAAGUAAGUUUUAUAAUUCUACUUACAAUAAAUAAGAGCUGGAAGAACUUAAAUUAUAAUGA